AUGUCUGGUAUAGGAGGUAAUGGAACUGCUUUACCUGCAAAUUUAACAAACAAACAUGGAUCGAUUUCAGGUGCAAACAAGACAGAUGAAGGAGUGGUUUGUUAUUCACCAAACAUGAUCACGACCAGUGGUAUAUGGCAAGGCGAUAACCCGCUCGAUUUCUCGCUCCCUCUCUUCAUCUUGCAGCUCACCAUCAUCGUUAUUGUCACUCGCUUUCUUGUAUUCAUCCUUAAACCAUUGCGCCAGCCCCGCGUUGUCUCGGAAAUUAUUGGUGGUGUGGUAUUGGGCCCAUCAGUGUUGGGAAGGAGCAAGAAAUUUGCAGAGACCAUCUUCCCAAUGAGGAGUGUAAUGGUGUUGGAGACUAUGGCUAAUGUAGGUCUCCUAUACUUCUUGUUCCUUGUUGGUGUUGAGAUGGACCUAACUGCGAUCAAGCGAACGGGAAAGAAGGCACUCACAAUAGCCCUAGCCGGCUUGAUCCUGCCUUUCAUCAUUGGUGCUUCUUAUGCCGUAAUCCUCUUAAGCAUGGAACAAGAAGAGGGAGAUAAGAAGGCCUCUCCAGAACAAAGUAAGGUCUUCUUUCUCUUCGCCGGAGUGACCCUCUCUGUCACAGCCUUCCCGGUGCUGGCCCGUAUCCUUGCAGAGCUCAAGCUCCUUAGCACGGAGCUAGGAAGAGUGGCCAUGUCCGCGGCUCUCAUCAAUGACAUUUUUGCUUGGGUCCUCCUUGCCUUAGGAAUUGCACUUGCAGAGAACAGAAAAUUAUCAUUAGCCUCUCUUGGGGUUAUCCUCUCCACUGUAGCCUUUGUUAUGUUUUGCAUCUUUGUGAUCCGACCGGCCAUUGGGUGGAUUAUACGGCGUACCCCAGAGGGUGAGAGCUUCAAUGAGUUCUACAUAAGUUUGAUUCUCACAGGAGUCAUGGUGUGUGGUUUUAUUACAGACACCAUUGGCACACACUCCAUCUUUGGUGCCUUUGUGUUUGGCCUUGUAAUACCAAAUGGUCCACUUGGGACUGCACUUAUAGAGAAGCUUGAGGAUUUUGUGUCUGGGCUGCUUCUUCCUCUCUUCUUUGCAAUGAGUGGACUUAGGACCAGGAUAGACGAGGUUGGAGGGGUGCAAUGGGGCUAUGCCUUCUUUACAUUGGCCCUUGCUAGUCUAGGCAAGGUUGGUGGCACACUUCUCAUGUGCCUCUACUAUCAGAUGCAUGCCAGUGAAGGGCUCACUUUGGGACUCCUCCUGAACACCAAAGGACUCAUUGAGAUGAUUGUUCUCAAUGUGGGGCGUGACCAACAGGUAAUAAGCGAAGAAGCUUUUGCUAUAUUGGUGCUGAUGACAGUGUCGAUGACAAGUAUCAUCAUGCCGAUCAUAAAUGAAUUUUACCGGCCAUCUAGGCGUUUCAUGCCUUACAAGCGCCGAACGCUACAAACAUCAAUGGCUGACUCAGAACUCCGGAUCCUUGCUUGCAUCCACACCCCUCGCAAUGUCCCCACCAUCAUCAACCUCCUAGAGGCCUCCCACGCCACCAAGAAGAAUCCCAUUUCCGUCUAUGCCCUCCACCUAGUGGAGCUCACUGGCCGGGCCUCUGCUAUGCUCAUUGUCCAUGACACUCGAAAGUCGGGUCGGCCUGCCAUAAACCGAACCCAAGCCCAAUCGGACCAUAUCAUCAAUGCCUUUGAGAACUAUGAGCAGCAUGUUGCCGGUGUCUCUGUGCAACCCCUCACAGCUAUCUCUCCCUACUCUACUAUGCACGAGGACAUAUGUAACAUUUCUGAGGACAAGCGUGUGGCCUUCAUCCUUGUCCCAUUUCAUAAGCAACAAACAGUGGAUGGUGGCAUGGAGGCCACCAAUCCAGCAUUUCGAACAGUAAACCAAAAUGUCUUAGCCCAUGCCCCUUGCUCGGUCGGCAUCCUAGUCGACCGAGGCCUUGGUGGGACUGCUCGUGUGGCAUCAAGUCACACGACCCACCACAUCGCGGUCCUCUAUUUUGGAGGACCUGAUGAUAGGGAAGCGUUAUCUUACGCUUGGAGGAUGUCGGAGCAUCCAGAGGUAAAUCUUACAGUGCUCCGUUUCCUCCCAGGGGAAGAUGCAGCUGAGCCUGUGAUCCCGGCCAAUGACAACAGUGGUUUGAGAAUCUUGAAUGUUAUCACAGACAACGAAAGAGAGAGACAACGGGAUGACGAAUUCAUAAGUCAAUUCCGGAUGAAAAACGUGAAUGUUGAAUCAAUUGUUUACAAUGAGAAGGUAGUGAACAAUGGCGAGGAGACGGUGGCGGUGAUACGGUCAAUGGAGAACAUCUAUGAUCUGUACAUUGUUGGUAGGGGACAAGGGAUGAUAUCACCAUUAACUGCUGGAUUGACAGAUUGGAGUGAAUGCCCAGAGUUGGGAGCAAUCGGUGACUUAUUAUCGUCGUCGGAUUUUGCAGCUACGAUAUCGGUGCUGGUGGUGCAACAAUAUGUUGGUGAUCAUGGGAUGGGGUCGCUUGAAGAUACCCCUGGCCAUCAUCAAGAAGAUCAGUUCAAUAUGAAUAAUAUGAACAGAUGGGCACAUAGGGGUCAAGGACUUAGCCAUGGUGGAGGAGAAGUUCAGCUAGGGAACACACAUCAGAGAGGCACAGGAAAUGGGUGGUGAACAUAGUACAACAGGACAUUAGUUGGUUUUCUUUUUCUCUCUCCAUAUUGGUUUGAAAAGUAUAGUUGGACUUGCACAUAUAGAAGAACUUUGAUUUUGUAACACUUGGUUGCUCAUGUACAUGUAAUGUCAUGCACCCCAUUUCUCUCUCUCUCUCUCUUUAUUAGAUGAAA